ACCUCCGAGGGUGAUAUCGAUCCGCGGAAGCUCGUCCAUUUUGGGCUUUUCGCACUUCUCAUGGACAUAUCCACCGGAAAGAAGUUAUAUGUCUCAGCAUACGACCGUGCAUGGGCAGUGACAAAUCUACUGGGGACAAGCAGGGACUUCUCUUCUAUCUUCGCGUCAGAUAGAUGAACGCUGCCGGAGCAUAUACGUGGAAUUGCCUGUGCGAUUGCCACCAGGUGCCUUUCCUUCCGCUAGCAGAGCUUGUCGAGACUCUGCCCGAUGACACCUCGGAAUCUCUGUUCAUGGUGCUCUAUGAGGCCAUGGAAACUUGUGGCUUCGUUCGAAGCAUAACUGGUAGCAAAGUGGACACCUUGCAGGAUGAGGCUCUCGCUCUUGCGUUCCUGGAACUCGCAUGUGACGAUGUCAGCGCAUGGUACAAACUGAUGACCGGCGACCCACGUGCCGCUCCAAUGUUAUCCCAGCUCUUUGAAGAAGGGACGACUCCCGACGAUGGAAUGAUAGAGCUCGUAACGCACGUAAUGGCCAAUCCUGGGAAGUUCAAGAGCGACUUUGAAAGGGCCCUUGUCCUCCACCGCGCAAUAUGUGUGUCCGGCCCUCUGCGAAACGACCUACCCGUGUACUGCUCAUCUUCGAUCGCAGCCAUUGUCCAUGGAAUUGCGAAGUUGGUGCCAGUCAGCGGCCAGUCAACGGAACCGCAAGUGCGCCUUACCAUGCGCCUUUCGCAAACACACUGGUUGGAGCUUUUAGGGAUGGUCAAGGGCCUCAUGGCACAGGCGGGACUAAGUUUUACUUCUGGACAGGGAAAGGUACCCUCGGAGGACCUUCGCCAGGCUGCAGACGAUGUUAUCGUUAUCGGUGUUCUCACCUGGAUGGCCAAACACCGAAGAGACUUUUUGAACAAUUUUUGUCAGCCGCGGAACAUUCAUCUUGUGGAGACAGGGAAAAGAAGCGACGCUAAGAAGUAGAAGGAAGUUCGGGUAGCUAUGGGUUAGUUGAAAGUCGCGUGUACUAGUAUAACAUUCUCCCCUCUGCCCAUGAAAUCCCAAGAAACUUAAGCUCAAGUAGAUCUGUUAGUCUAUUUUUGAACGUUCGUUUUCACUCACCUUCACACGGGAACUAAACGAAUGCAGGUUCCAA